AAUCAAACUUCAAACAUCAGGUGACAGGUACAUCGUUAUAAUGACAAAAAUAAGAAAUUACAGCUAAAUCAACGCAUGUUUAAUUUAAUUUGAGAAAACAACAGGAAUCCAAAAAAAAAAUCAUGACGAACGAAGAACCCACAGAUUUAGAUUGGAUACAAUUACGAAAAGAUUUGGGUCCUGUCAACCAGGUUGAAACUACGAAAGAAAAAUUCAUACGAAAGUUUGGCGAAAAUCCCUUCGUACCGCUAGGGUGUUUAGCGACAGCGGGUGCUUUAACAUAUGGAUUAUGGUGUUUCCGUACUGGGAGACCUAAAUUAUCACAGAGAAUGAUGCGUCUCAGGAUUGCCGCACAAGGCUUCACUAUCACAGCUCUGGUUGUUGGUGUUGCCAUGACCGCAGGGAAAUCUUUGAAAUAGCCAUUUUAAAUAAAAAUAGCUCUACAUCUAGACAUAGAGACAUAUAUUUAGUAAUAA